AUGUCCCAAGACAAUAGCGCCUCAGACAUCAACAACUUGCUCGAGACAUUGUCUCUUGCCAAGGCUGGCGAACAAAACGAAAAGCCAGCUGCUGAGGAGGUGAAGGCAGAGCCUACUACUGAAAAGUCAGCCGAAUCAGUCAAAGCAGAUGUUGUCGAGCCUGCCAAAGAAGAGACUGCUGAGCCUGCUAAGGAGCCAGUCGAAGAAAAGAAGACAGAGAACUCUACAGAGCUGGCUCCUGCUGAGGAUGCUGACAAAACUGAAAAGUCAACAGACGCCUCAGAGGAGGCUGACUCCAACUUGAUCAAAUCCACGUACGAAGUGAAGGUCAAAUUGGCCGAUUUGCAAGCCGACCCAAACUCACCUUUGUACUCUGUCAAGAAGUUUGAGGACUUGGGAUUGAGCGAAGAGCUUUUGAAGGGUUUGUAUGCUAUGAAGUUCAACAAGCCGUCCAAGAUUCAAGAGAAAGCAUUGCCUCUCUUGUUGCAAGAUCCCCCCACAAACAUGAUUGGUCAAUCCCAGUCUGGUACCGGUAAAACGGCCGCUUUCUCAUUGACCAUGUUGACGCGUGUCGAUGAGAACAAACCAGUGGUUCAGGCCGUGUGUUUGUCACCAGCUAGAGAAUUGGCUAGACAGACACUCGAUGUCAUCCAGACCAUGGGUAAAUUCACUAAGGUCACAUCUCAGCUCGUGGUGCCCGGAAGCUACGAAAGACGACAGAAAAUCAAUGCCAAUAUCUUGGUGGGAACACCAGGAACUUUAUUAGAGUUGAUUAAGAGAAGACAGGUCUCUCUUGAGCAUGUCAAGGUCUUCGUAUUGGACGAGGCUGACAACAUGUUGGAGGCACAGGGUAUGAGUGACCAGAGUGUCAGAGUGAAGAAGUACUUGCCCAGAAAUGUACAGCUUGUGUUGUUCUCGGCCACAUUCCCAACUGAGGUUCGUGCAUACGCUGAAAAGUACGUUCCUAACGCCAACUCUUUGGAGUUGAAGCAGGAGGAGCUUAAUGUGGAAGGUAUCAAGCAACUUACAAUGGACUGUGACAGCGAGCAAAACAAAUUCGAGGUGUUGUGUGAAUUAUACGGCUUGCUAACGAUUGGUUCCUCAAUUAUUUUCACCGCAACAAAGGCCACCGCUGACAGGAUAGCUGUCGGAAUGGAGAAGGAGGGCCACAAGGUUUCUUUGCUUCAUGGUGGUUUGGACCACGCAGAGAGAGACAAGGUGAUUGAUGACUUCAGAGAGGGAAGAACAAAGGUGUUGAUCACGACAAACGUUUUAUCGAGAGGUAUUGACAUUGCAUCCGUGUCGAUGGUGGUUAACUACGAUGUGCCCACAGACGUAAAUGGCAGACCUGACCCAUCCACAUACUUGCACAGAAUCGGAAGAACAGGAAGAUUCGGCCGUGUCGGUGUGUCCGUCAGUUUCAUCCAUGACCGUAAAUCCUACGAGCAAAUGGAGGCCAUCAGACAAUACUUCGGAAUUGAGAUGACCAGAGUCCCCACGGAGGAUAUGGACGAGGUGGAGAAGGUUGUUAAAAAGGUGCUUCGAGGCUAG